UUCCGGUGAACGCGGCACACUUUUCAUUCAAAAUGACGGACCACAGUAGUAUACUCGAACUUAGCCACAAUUUUAACUCCGAUUUUGUAGCUCCAUGGAUAGACGAUGAAGUAGUUCAAAUGGACGUCUACACUGCUUCAUCUCUGGGUGAAUACGAUGUGGUACGAAAAUUUAUAAAAUUAGAUAGUGAUAAAAAAAUUAUGGACAAAAUCAAUAAAGGGGGAUGGACACCCCUGAUGUAUGCAGCCUAUGUUGGGCACGAAAAUAUAGUGAACCUUUUACUUGAGCAUCAAGUGAAUGUAGAUGCAAGAACGACGAAUAAAGCAGCUACAGCGUUGAUGUUAGCAGCGAGUUGUGGCAAUGAGGCCGUUGUUUACUUUCUUCUUCAAAAUGGAGCUGAUAUUAAUGCUAUGGAUAGAAAUGGUUUUACUGCUUUGUUUUAUGCUGUCUUCCAAGGUCACCAAAAUGUAGUCAAGAUGCUCAUUGAUUCUGGUGCAGACAUGGAAAAAAGAGAGAAUCUACACRAUUGUACUCCAAUACUCUAUGCAGCACAAGAAGGCCAUGAAGGAAUUUUCAACCUUAUUUUAAAGUCAGGUGCAAAACUGAGUGCUAAAACGACAACAGGAGAAGAUGCACRUAGUAUUGCAUUAAAAUGUGGUCACAUGGCGAUUGUCAACUUGAUUGAUAUGCAAUCAUAUAUGCAUGUGCCGACAUAUAUGCUAAGGAGUGAAGCUGGUUUAGGUGCUGAUGACUUGAUCUUUCAUCCAGAGUUCGGCACUAGCCCAGUUGCUAGAGAUACACUGAUUUUCCAGCUUGGACAAGGCUCUCCAGGGAUCGGCAUUAAGGAUGGACCCAAAGCCUUUGCUUCAUUACGAACAAGCAAACAAWAUUCCUUGAAUUCAAGGCACCCGUUUCAUCCCAAUGAAGUCAAUCAGGCAGCUAUCAAUAUCAAAGGAAAAGAAACUCAAGCAAACACAAUCCCUUCCUCUAGUCCUCAGUUGAUACCGCAGAGCCAAAGAAAUGGGGCCAACUCAAACAGCUUUGAGGAACACUUUUUUGCACAUAGUGGUGAUACAGUAAAAAGCUGUAGCAUAAAUCAAAACUUUGAGAGGCUAGAUUGUCCUAUUUCUUCUCCGACUAGAUGGAGAUCUCAGCCUGAUACUCCAGAGUACCCCAUGGUGUCUGAGUUCCUCCAAGAUCUCAAGUUAACCAAAUAUUUAUCAAUUUUUGAAGAGCAGGAAGUAGACUUUGAAACUCUACUUACUCUGUCUGAUGCAGAUUUAAAAGAAAUAGGAAUCACUUUGUUUGGGCCAAGAAGAAAAAUAAUAACAGCUAUCACAAAGUGGAAAGAGAAUCCACCUAUUAAGAAGUCAUCGCAGAAAAAUUUAGAGAGUGAACUGAAAGACUUAAGAAUUGAAUUGCAAAAGAAAAUGCUUCUGUUACACCAAAAGCAAGUUGAAUUAGAUGAGGAGAAAGAUCUACGCUGCAUAGUUGAAGGUUGCGUAGUUGAAGAAAAGAAGAAAAGUCACCAUGUUUUGCUGCAGUGGGAUAAAAGUGUCGGAAAUUUGAAGCAGGCUCUGGGGGAGUUGGAGGAAAUUAUUAAUAUCAUUACUCAUCUUUGUGACAAAACUAAUGACGAUGUCACAAAGGAAGUGUUUAUGAAGUUGAAAAGUUCAUUGGAAAACAUUGCUGGUGCACUUAGGGGGUCUUUAAAGCUGGCCGCAGAAUGCCGAAGUCCCCACAGAAAAUCAGAUGUUAUGCAAUCGACGUCAUCUGAAAGCAUUCCUAAUAAGUCUGGUUAAAGAAGUAAUUCCUUCUAUACAGUCACCUACUUUAAGUCAGAUAAUCCUGUCGGCAUGCGGUGACAAAGAUGAGCUCCAAAAGUAAUUAAGCUAGAAACAGAAAAACUGUUUCCAGUUGAAUCUUAGAUUUUUCUAGAGUCUUUUACUAUUCGUUGUGGAUCGGGCCCAAAAGGAAUUUGAAUGACUACAUGCCCUAGUUAUGGCUACUUUAAGAAAGAUAAUUUUAAAAGAAAAACUUGGUAGUAUUUUUUCUGAAGAAAAAGUAUUUUUUGAUUUUUAAUCAGCUAUUUUCAGUUAGUUGAGUCAUAAGAGAAAAAAAGCAAUUUGACAUUGCUUUUCAGUCAUAUGCUUGCAAAAUGCCCACACAAAUCUUAUUUUUUAAGGCUUAUUUUAGGUGCAAGCAUAAAAAUUCUUUGGCUUGGAUGUAAUGCUUCCCAUUUAAGACCACAUGUCAAAUCUCUUUAGAAUAAGAUUUYUCAUUUGAGUUGUAUUCAAAUCCAUGUACAAAUCCAUGUACAGUACUCUAGGAAAAGACGUGGUCUGAAGUGGGAAAACAAUAUGCCUAAGAUAAAAGGGAUAAAAUAAUAAUGGCUCUUUCUUGGUGAUACAGGGUACCUGAGCCAUGAAAACAAUAAAACAAUAGCAGAGAACGAUGAGUUUGGAGCUAAACAAUACCCAGCUGCAAUACAAUAACCCUAACCCAGAAUACAAUAGUCAUCUUGCAACACRAAGAAAGACCGAUUAUAAUUAGACAUGAUGAAAAGAUUAGUUUUAAUUGCUUAGAAGUUUUUUAAUUGGCACUGUUACUGUUUUAUCAUGAUGAUUUAUACCUAUAUUAUGAUAUAAUAUUAUAACAUUUUAACUGUCUCGACUCUUGGCGUAGAUGCGUUUCAAGAAAUCUGUUUGUUUUAUAGAAUAUUUCUAAACUAAAUUAUAUUAUAUUGACUCAUAAUGGGUAAAUCUUUUAGCUUAUAUUAUUGGUUUAAAAAAGUGCUGGUUAUAGACACUAGAGUGAUUUACAGUGCGACGUGCCUAACUGUGGCCACACAACUGUUUUUACUAGUUAGCCAAUCAGACAGUGAGAAUUUGUGCAUUUUCACGUGAACUCACUCAGCRUGACCUCAAAUAUUUGAAAUUAUUGCGUACUUUUUUCAACAAAAACUUAAAGUAGAUACAUGUAGCUAGAAAGUUGCCUAGGUGAUACCAAUUUUGGUCCCUUUUAAAUUGAMAAAAACACUUGGCAGAAAGGAUUCAACGGCAUUGGUAAAAAAAGUGGGUGGCCAUGGUAAGGUAAAUUGCAUUGUAACUAGUGGCCUGUGGGGGAAAAAAAAAUUUUUUUUUCAUGUUAUGCUUGGAUUUUCAGUCACAAAUUAUACAAUUUUGUUUCGCAGGCCAAGUAAAAUCACUCUUGACAUUAUUAAUUUAUCUAU